ACUCAGCUCCUGGUGCCUCUAAUCCUUUUCUCUCCUUUUCUUCUCUGGGAAGAACCUUCCUACCCACCGUGACAUUUGUCAGAUGAACCCCUUGGAGCAGAAGCAGGAGAAGCAGUAAGAUGCCUGCUAUGGGAAACCAGGACUCCUGAGUCCGAUUCUUGCUUCAGGCAGCCCCUGCCCUUAGCCACACUGAGAUCAGCCUGCCCUAAAAGGUGCCCCUCCCCCACUGUAGCUGGGCCAGGGCAUAGCCGAUGGGAGCCAGACGCCCUGGAAGCUGAUGUCACCAAUGGGCUUAAGCGGAGGCAGAGAAGGAGGCUGGGGACUGGGGUCUCCUGGGUCCCUGACCCCUCCCAUCUUCCCUCCUGAGCUGAGCCUGGAAGGAAGGUCACAGAGGAGGAGGCUGGUGACAGUGACUCCUGCAACCUGCAGGUGAGGGGCCCUGCUCUGAGGACAACAGGGUGCACCGGAGAUGGCCCUGCUACCUGCUGAUGUGACGGUAACUCGACUCUCCCACUCCAUCCACCUGUACAGCAAGCCUGGCCUCCCAGGGUCCCUCGGGCCCCGCCCACUGCUCCUGUUCCUGCCCUGGCUGGGGGCAAGGCUGGCUGCCCAGGCCAAGUACCUACAGAUCUACCUGGCCUGUGGCUUUGACGUGCUGGCCGUGGAGAGUGCACUGAGUCACUUCCUGUGCCCCCACCAGGGCCUGGUGCAAGCUGCCCAGGUCCUGGCGUUGCUGCGGGGACCAGGGACACUAGCUGAUCACCCGCUGUUGGUGCACGCUCUCUCCCUGGGUGGCUACACCUUUGCACAGAUGCUGCUGCUCAUGAGCAGGGACUUGGGGCACCACAGCAGUGUGGCUCGGCGCCUGCGGGGCCACAUCUUCGACAGCCUGGUGGUGGGCAGCCUGGACCGCAUGGUGUUGGGUGUGUCCCAGCUGAUGAGGCCACAGGUCCUGAGCCCGGUGGUCAGGGCCAUGGCCAUGCUGUACUUCCACCUGUGCCCGGGCUGCACUGUUGGGCAGUAUGAGGCUGCAGUGGAUGUUUUCUGGCAGCCACCUGUGAGGCCCCCGACGCUGGUCUUCUACAGCCACGAUGAUCCUCUCUGUGGAUCCUCUCUGCUUCAGGAGCUGCUGGCCAGCUGGCAGCAGGCGGGUAUGCUGGUGUGGGCACAGGCCUGGGAGACCUCCCGCCAUGCGGCCCACCUGCACCAGCACCCCCUGGAAUAUCGUGACACCCUCACCACCUUCCUGGGGAGGCUGGGCCUGGCGUCCCCCUUGGCCCGGCUCUGAUGGGGCUCCAGGCUCCAGCUCAACACCAGGAUGGGGGCCAGCCUCCUAGUGGACAAGGGACAGGAACAGAGAUAGGACGUCGGAGGUGUUGAGACCUGCUUGAUUUAUUCAGAUUAGUUAAUAUACAAU